AUGGAUCCGGUGCCGGAUCCGCAGGUCGACGUCAUGAAUGACCCCGCCUACAACACGAACCCCCCCAACGAUGGAACACAAGAAGGCGUCGGAGAACCAGACCAUUGCCGUAUAUGUCGUUCGGAAGGAACCUCAGAUGAACCGUUAUUUCACCCCUGCAAAUGUAGUGGUUCUAUCAAAUUCGUUCAUCAAGAAUGUUUGAUGGAAUGGCUUCAACAUUCCCAAAAGAAACAUUGCGAGCUAUGCAAAACGCCUUUCCAGUUUACAAAGCUAUACGACCCUGAAAUGCCCUCCACAAUUCCCACGCCACUAUUUCUAAAGCGGCUAUUCAGGCACCUUGUUCAAAACGUCAUACUCUGGGCUAGAGGUGCUUUGGUAGGCUUCGUUUGGCUGGGAUGGCUACCGUGGUGUGUGCGGUGGAUGUGGAGAGGUUGGUUUUGGAUUGGCGAUGGUGGUUGGCAAGGAUUCUACACGAGAAACGCUCCCCGGGGGUCUAGUAGUUUGACUGGCUCAUUAUCAGCAAAAACACCAUCUAUCGGGAAUGGGACCAGCCCGGCUAUUGGUCAAGGGAUUAUCCAAUUUCUCUCGUCCCCUGGCUUGACAGCCGGCAAGAUGAGCCCAGUAAAUGGAGGCGCAGUUAAUGAUAGUGUCUUAGGCAAUACCACAACCUCGAGGAUAUAUCCAAAUGGCCUUUUCUUUGACUCAAAUCCAUUUUCGAACCUUACUCGAUACCAGGCGGUUAAUAACGUCAUUAUUGAUACCCUCGAAGGCCAAUUACUUACGGCACUUAUUGUUGUUUCUUUCAUACUUAUAUUUCUAAUUCGCGAGUGGGUAGUUCAGCAACAACCAGCUUUGGCCGGAGGCGUGGCUGCAGUAAUGCUACCUCAAAUGGAAGUCAGAGAAGAAAACCAACAGCCAGCAGCUGAGGAGGAGGAAGAAGAUGAUGACGAGGAUGACGAGGAUGACGAUGACCAGGACUUUCCGCCCCUUGGGACAGUUCAAGAGGAGGUAGAAGAAGAAGGGCGGUACCAUCGUCAUUACCAUGAAGUAGAAGACUACGACGAUGAAGAGCCUGCAAGACCUAGGCCUAGAGCCAUCGCACCCGUUCGAAGACGACGUUUCCUGCCUUAUGAUCAACCUACGCCUGUUGAGAACGGAGACUCUGGCUUCGAGAGUACAGAGAGGCCAGGUCAAGGACAUGUCCUUGGUAGUGGUAGCAGAGAUAUUCCCGUGGAUAACAUUCGUGAAACCUCCUCUGAAAGCUCGAACCAUCCUACAAGACCACACAUUAAUCGUGAAGUCAUUGCGCGGGCUGCCGAGGUGAGAAGGGCAACGGAAGAAAAGUUGAGUUUUUUAGAAAACGCAGCGAGUCGACACGAGUUUGGUCAAUCUACAUCCAGCGAUCUGUCAUUCAAAUUUAGAGCUUCCCCCGGAAAUGAUCAUACACCGGAAAGUGGCAGCUCGAGCGGAAGUAGAAUAUCAGAAAGAGAUGGGGUCAAAUUUCCAAGCACAAUUCCAAAGUACAAUGAAGAUUAUCCAGAACCCUAG